AUGUAUCGUCUGAAGGGAAAAAAUAGUCCAGAAGGUGACGCUCCCCCAGAGGAACACAGAGAGGGAAAGGCAUAGAGAGAGCUGUCUACAGGCUGCAUCUCCAUUGAAACAUUUGCCAGGGGGAGACAGAGGAAGAGCUGAAUGGUAGCUACACCCUGCGCCUGGAAGCGUAGAGACACUGUAACAAGAGCUGGUCAUUUUUUUUGUGGCAAUAACAAAGAGGUGGGAGUGACAGGGGCUCUGAAAUCGAGGGAAAUAGCAUAACAAAAAGACAAUUUUUAAGGGGGACUUCUGCUUCAUAUCAUUCGAAAGACUCAUCCCGUUGCCAUCAUCAGCAUGACCAUAUGCUAGUGUACCAUUCGGCAAUAACGGUGUCAAAGGGAGAUUUUCAGCAACAGACGCGCGCAAUCCUAUUUUCAUUUAUUAUAAUCAGGGGAGAGAAAGAAAAAAAAACAGAUCAACCGUCUGCGAGAAACUGGAUACUCUCUGAAAUCAUAAGAAAGGGCGUUCUAACAAAGAAAACUACAUUUUGAUUGAUCUUUUAAGCUUGAUGUGCGUGUUUCUGCACGCACUCGAAACGAACCUGAACCAAAAGCAAACUCCUCAGAAUCCUCCCUCCUCCUCCCUUCGGUUUCUCUCAUCCUCUCCCUCCCCCCCCGGUUCUCUAUGCUCAGUUCGGUGUGUGUAUCCUCUUUUAAAGGGCGCAAGGGUGGGAACAAGUCGUCCAACAAAGCAUGUUACAGCGCAGACAUGACUUGUCCGUCGGAAAGCGAGAAAAUCGUGAUAAACUGCGGGGGGGUGCGGCAUGAAACCUACCGGAGCACCCUAAAAACGUUGCCCGGAACCCGCUUAUCGUGGCUUACAGAGCCGGACGCUUUCACCAACUUCGACUACGACCACAAAUUAGACGAGUUCUUCUUCGACCGCCACCCGUCAGUGUUUUCCUUCAUCCUCAACUAUUACCGCACCGGGAAGUUGCACUGUCCAAACGAUGUGUGCGGUCCCCUGUUCGAAGAGGAGCUGGCUUUCUGGGGCAUCGAUGAGACGGACGUGGAGGCGUGUUGCUGGAUGAAUUACCGGCAGCACCGGGAUGCGGAAGAGGCACUGGACAGCUUCGAGAAUCCAGAACCGGACGCGCCGGACGACGAACCAGCGCUGGGCGGUGCGGAUGGGGACUUGAAAAGACUGUGCAUGCAGGAGGACGCGAGGAAAGCUGGCUGGUGGAAAACCUGGCAGCCCCGAAUAUGGGCACUGUUUGAAGACCCGUAUUCCUCCAAAUAUGCCCGGUAUGUGGCAUUUGGCUCCCUGUUCUUCAUCCUCAUCUCCAUCUCCACUUUCUGCAUGGAGACACAUGAGGCCUUCAACACCAUCCUUAACAAGACAGAGAACGUCACGGUGGGCAACACGACCCGUGAGGAGAUUGUAUACGAGGUGGUGACUGACAGCUGGUUGACAUACGUGGAGGGCGUGUGCGUCAUUUGGUUUACCAUUGAGGUGCUACUCAGAGUCACCUUUUGCCCAGACAAGCUUGAAUUCUUCAAAAGCAGCCUCAACAUCAUCGACUUCGUCGCCAUCCUGCCCUUCUAUCUGGAGGUGGGCCUGAGUGGUCUGUCCUCCAAAGCUGCCAAGGAUGUCCUGGGUUUUCUCCGUGUUGUCAGGUUCGUCCGUAUACUCCGAAUCUUUAAGCUGACCCGCCACUUUGUGGGUCUCCGUGUCCUGGGUCACACCCUGCGUGCCAGCACCAAUGAAUUCCUUCUGCUUAUCAUCUUCUUAGCCCUUGGUGUACUCAUCUUUGCCACUAUGAUCUACUAUGCUGAGCGAAUUGGCGCAGACCCAGAUGACCCAACAGCCAGCGCCCACACCAACUUCAAGAACAUUCCCAUUGGAUUUUGGUGGGCCGUUGUAACCAUGACCACACUGGGCUAUGGAGAUAUGUAUCCAGAGACAUGGUCAGGGAUGCUGGUAGGUGCUCUCUGUGCCUUGGCUGGUGUGCUGACCAUUGCCAUGCCUGUACCUGUAAUUGUCAACAACUUUGGCAUGUACUACUCUCUGGCCAUGGCCAAACAAAAGCUGCCCAAAAAGAAGAACAAACAUAUUCCCCGGGCACCCCAACCAGGGUCCCCGAACUACUGCAAGCCAGAUGCCUUGGCUAUGGCUACUGCAUCCCCGCAAAGGCUCUUGGGAAAUGUCCUAGGUGGAGUGAUAGGGUCUGGAGGGCUUGGGGGUGACUGUCCUCUCGCCCAAGAAGAAAUUAUAGAGAUUAACAGAGAUUCCAAGCAGAAUGGUGAUGCAGCCUCAGCUGCCCUGGCUAAUGAGGACUGUCCCACCAUCGACCAGGUGCUGAGUCCAGACGAGAGGAGCCCUAUUGGGCGAGGACCUACCCGGGAACGCUACCAGCAGGACCGCGCCUGCUUCCUGCUCAACACCAGGGAAUUCCGUGCCACAGAUGGAAAUGUGCGGAAAGAGGCAGCAGCCCUGGCACCGAGCCCAGACUCCCCUCUGACUGACGAUUGGUAUAAGAUGGAAGGGUCUCUGUUACAGCAGGACCUCAAUGCAAACUCCACCUCCUCCUGGAUCAAACCAUAGACCAGAGUGUUAAGUUUCUAGUAUUCACCUCCUCUCUAAUGUGGAGUCAGUAACUGGUAAACACAAAUUUGCGGCGGGAGCCACGUAAGCAACAAGUGUGACACGGAUGGACAGUUUAAAGGAGAUCUUUGGGGUGACAAGAGAGAGACCAGAGGUUAAUCAUGAAUUAAAAAAUUGUAUGGUCUGCUCCUCACGUUGUUACCAAAGCCACCUCUUGGAACUCCAACCACAUUUUUGACAACUGUCUGACAGACCUUUUUUCCUUUUUUGGCAAAUUGACUGAGCAUUGCACUGACACACUUUUGGGAGAGAAAAGGACUCCAGAUUAAACAUUCCAGAUGACAUCUCUCUGACAACAUUAUACUUGUCAUCUUGUGUGAUGACAACUCAGUACCAUCUACAGUGCUGAACAACUGAGCAACUUCACACGUUUCUGAAAAACACUUGUCUUCACAAAGGACUGAAUGAACAAUGUAGCAUCUCUGCUAACAUAUUGUAGCAUUUGUUGGCUUGGAAAUAACUUGACUUUAUCCAUCAACAGUUGGAAGAGAGAGGAAUUUAUGCAUUCAAGGGAUCUUAUAGAUGUCAUUUUCCUCUUAGGUUCCUUUCCAGAAAAGAAGAAAAUAUAUAUAGUACAUGAGAGACAAAGGAUUGGUCUUACUCGUUAAAACACUUAAAAUUCCAAAAAAGAUGAAAAAAAAAAAGAUGCACUAAAUUCAAACCAAUUAGUCCAUUAGUAUGUAACAACACCCACACUUUAGCCCCUUUUCAAGUUUAGCACUUGUAUAGCAUGUUUGCCACUGAACUUAUGUCUUCCAUUCACUUCUAUCAGACUGAAACACUGCCCUACUCACAAGUACUAAGAUAAUCAAAAACAGCACUAUGAAGUUGAACAAAUGAAGCACAUGUAGCAUCAGCUUACACAGGUUGUGUAUUGAAUUUAUUGUAUAUUUAGACUCACCUGAAACAUUCCCCAUAAAGAAAUCGUGGGAAAAAGACAUCUUUAUCUCUCAUGUACUGACAUGGGCUUGCCUGAAAGUCUAUGUGGGAUACCAAAGGUCCUGUAGCAAGCACUUGCUGAAUGACCUUCUGUAAUGUAUAGUAGAUUAGAAAGAAUAUUUAAUUGCUUCCGUUUGGUACAAACACAUUCCUCUAAAAGUACUUUAACUGCCACUAGCAUCCCAUGCCUAUAUAAAUAUCACAAUAUAAAACAAUAUCUGACUGACAGUGCUCAGUCAUGAGGAGAAAAGUCUCAUUACAACUAAAAGGACACCCCUGCCACCACUUUUUUACAUCACAUAAAACAUUAGCUGGAAAUUCUGCAUUAUCAUUUUGAUAGGGACCAAUAAGAUAAAUGCUACUCCUAACACAAAAGGCCAACACUGCCAAUAGGCACAAGAAUCUCCAGAUGAAUACUGCCCCAUCUCUCUCUUGUCCCUCUUGCUGCCAACGACUGCUACUCAGGCAAGUCAAUGUCAAUAUAAGGAUUCCCCUUAGGCAAAGGUGGAAGAAAUGGACCAAGUGUAGAGCAUGUGUGGAAGUGUACAAAGAGAACAAAUCUAUAUUUUGAUAAACAAAUCAACUAUCCAUGACUUCGGAGGAAGUUGCUGAGCAGAAAAGGUCCAGAAUGGAAGAAAGAAAAAAAAAAA